GAUAAACAAACUCGUCAUGGCUGAAGGUCAGCCAUCAAAAGUGCAGAAGAUGUUAGAAAAGUUACAGAUUUUGGAUAAUGAAGAUGAACAGAACGAAUGUUUAGACAGAAUAUUGAAUUAUCUUACAAGUGCUGACAAUGAAGACACAGUUGAGGAAGCUAUAGAAACAGCAGCUGAGGGUGGAAUGUUAGAUGAUCUUUAUAGUAUACUGACCAAUACAACAGGACAAACUCAGUCAAAAGUCAUACAGAUAUUAGCUGAACUUGCAAAAGUUGAGGCCUUGAGAGUUCCAUGUGUCAACUUGGGAUUCGUUCCUAUUCUCCUUCCAAUUUUGGAAUCAGAAGACAUCUCCAUAGCAACGCAAGCUUGCAGAACUUUGGGAAAUAUCUGUUUUGAAAAUGAUGAGGGCAGAAAUGCAGUUGAUUCAUUUGAUGGAAUGGCUAAGUUGUUGUCUCUUUUGAAGUCAAAGAUAAAGAGUGAAGAGGAAGGAGCAGACAGACUCCGUACCAUAGCUUGUGGAUUUCUUCUGAAUCUUACAAAUACACAUGAAAGUCUUCAAGAAAGAGCUUUAGAAGAAGGAGUAUUAGACAUGUUAGAACAAUAUAUAUCCUACCACCUAUCUGAUAGAGCCUUAUGUAACAUGGUUCUCCUCACAGUCAGCAGCUUUGCUGAUUCAGACUUCAGUAGAGACAGACUGGUAAAGUCUAACCUGUGUAAUACUAUUGUCAACCUGUUACAGUCUGAUAAUGAUGGAGCUCAUACUGAUACUAUACUAGAUAUGUUGAUCAACAUGUCAGAAUGGGAUGAGAUCAAGGACUUGUUGGCAGAGACAAAUUUAAGCAAUCACUUGAUCAGGAUUAUCCAAUCAAAGACUGGCAAAUUAGACACUGAAAGUCAACAGACAAUCAAAAUGGCAUCUGAUUUGCUAGUUCUUUUGCUCACUGGUGACAAGAGCAUGGAAGCAUUAUUUAAGAAUAGUGAAGGUCCAGUAUUUUAUGAGAUAGUGAAAUGGUUAGACAGUGAUGUUGAUCAUUUAAGAUUGUCUGGAGCUCUGGCUGUCGGAAAUUUUGCAAGAAAUGAUGAUCACUGUCGAAAGUUGGUAGAAGAAGGAGUUUUAGACAAAUUAUUAUCUGUACUUAAAAAUUCUGACGAGGAACAAAUAACACUACGACAUGCUAUACUUAGUGCUCUUAGAAACCUAGCCAUUCCAGUAUCUAACAAGCAAUUAUUGGUACAGUGUGGUGUCUUAGAAGCUGUAAUGAUUUUAACAUCAUCAAAUGUAAUGGCUGUAAUCUUCAAAUUAUUAGGGGUACUUAGAAUGCUAGUUGAUGGGCAAGAAUCAGUAGCAUUACAGCUUGGAAACAAUAGAGAUUUUUUAAACAAGUUGGUGAAAUGGUGUGAAUGUGAUGAACAUGCUGGAGUUCAAGGAGAAGCUUCAAGAAUGUUGGCAUGGUUGAUAAAAAAUGGGAGAUCAACUGAAUUAAUGAGAAAUAUUGUUCGGGAAGAUGGAGUACAACCUUUGGUUACCAUGGUUUCAUCAGAACAUAUUGUAAUGCAGAAUGAGGCCCUGAUGGCCUUGACAUUAAUAGCAUCGACUAUAUUAGCUGAUGCAGCUCUUCAGUUGAAGGAGGCAGAACUUGCUGAGACAAUCAUUUCUUUAUUAGGAAAUCCAGAUGUCAUUCCAGAAAUACUGUGUAAUACACUUACACUCACUAAAACUGUGUGUGAAGCAGCUACACCACCCUUCUCACAGUUAAUACCAUGUGGUGGUUUGUUUAUGUGUUCAGGACUACUGUCUGAUAUGCAAAAAAACUUAAAAGAUGAAAUAAUGAACUCAGGACUAACCAAUAUUGUCAAAAGUUUGAAGGAGCAUAAAGAUGAGAAAGUGAGAGACAGUGCAAGCAAAGUCUUGACAGUGAUUGAAGAAAUGCCGCUAGAACGAUAAUACUGAAAUAGGGAACAGGGAUACAGUCCAGUGGGGUAGUGCCCUGAUGUGUUACCUCAGGCCAGAAACCAAGCUCAAAGACAUUUUUGUGUUUGUGAUACUUUUAAUAGUCAUCAUGGGCAGUUAUAUGAUGACUUUAGACAGAUGUGAUGAACUUUAGAAUUUUUAAACUAGGAAUAAAAUUGUAAUUAAUUUGUAUAUAACCAACUCCAAAACACUUAUAUAUCUUAAAGUCAUUACACAUAUAUCUUAUCACUGCUUUGUGAAAUGUUGGGGUAAUCCAAUGUGUAACUCUAUUAUAAAACAGUAAUGUACAGUUUCUCAAGGUUCUUUGCUUGUCUGACUAAUGUGGUCAUAAAAUAUUAUCAAAUAGCAUCCAUAAUCCAUUUUCACCAUUGUAUUUUUUCUUUAUUUGUGUCAUACUAAGAAAUAAAAAUUAUGAUGUAGAAUGAGCAGUACUUUUAUUGCAGUUUAUUAGCUGCAAAGUCAUACCUUCAAUAAUAUACUCACACAGGCUUAUUGAAAAAUGACUUCAUAAAAUAUUGGGCAAAGAACAAACCUGCAACUCUUUUAUUUUGUAAACUAUGUUCAGCAUUUUUGUACUAACUGAUAAAAGUGCUACAAACUAUUAAGAAUUGUUUUAUGAUCUAUAAACCUAUUAUAGAUUUUCAUGCUUUUAUCUUUGUUGAUUUUGCAUGUGUAUAUAUAAGGUAAAUAGUAAGCACUGUGUGUUAGUUAAUGCUGCCAAACAUUGUCGAACAUCAUAUGCAAAGCAAAUUACAAUCAUUGUUAAAAUACCUGUUUUUCCAGGAAGUCAAUUCGCUAUCUCAGAAUCUAAAGGAUUAUGGGUUAUUUUAGUGUUUGUACCCCAAAAUGAAAAUAAUGUCAGGUCAUUGGUUGAGUUUCCAUUGUUUAGAAUAUUUUCAACCAAUCACAGUGUUUGGUGUAAGCUUUUGAAAAUAUUACCCAGAAUUCAUUAGAUUCUGAAACAGCCAAUUGUGAAUGUUAUGUUUUGUUUGUAUUGUUGUUUGAUAUGGUUAACUUUUUAAAUUAAUGUCAUAAUUAUUUUUUAUGCCAACCACGAAGAGAGCAGAAUUUGGGAAACAUCUUUUUGAUGUUUGUCCAUUCUUAUGCACUCAAGGUUUAUACAUAUAUAUUUAUAUAUGUAUACUGUAAAAACAUCAUUAUUUGUGGUGACAAUUUUUGAGGCUUUCAUUGUUCUUUAAAACUGCAUAAUACCAAAAUGACAUUUCUAAUUUAUAUUUAUUUAUUUAUUUUGUGCAAUGUAUGAAACAUCGAAUUUUAGAACCUGUUGAUUUUAUUUUUCCAGAAACCAUUUUGAUUUAUUAUACUUCAUGUUGAAAUUCCAGAUUUUGAUUGGUUAAUACAAGGGUGAUAAUUUACUUUAUCCCAUUGCUCAUACUCUAUUAAACUUCACAGAUACCAUUAAUCAAUUGUAUGCUUUAUUUAAUGAGGAUUGUUGUUAUGUACAAUACAUAAUGGUUUAUUACUUUGAAUUUGAAAUUUAAUAGACAGUAAAAAGAGAACAUACAUUAUAAGAAAUUAAAUAACACAUAUCUGAGAGUGUGAUAAAGCAGAUUGUUAUCCCUCGAAAAAACAUGAUCAACCUUGGCUUCUCCUUUAUUAACAAGUUUUAUAUAAGUUUGUUUUAAGUAUGCAUUAAAUUAAAUUUCAUUUUGAAAUUUGAAUGAAAUACUCUGAAAAUUUCGAUUUUUGAUUGCAAUAAAAAAUCUUUCAAAUUGUAAUGUAUAAAAUUUGAUUCUAUCAUA